UUUAUAUUCCUCCUUUCUUCUUAAUGGGUGUGGAAAGGAAAAUGUAGGCGCGUAGAACACGAAUUAAAAUCUUUUAAAAAUUAAAAAAAAAUUGUUUACAAUAAAAUUAAAACAUAAUUUCUGAUUUCGGAAGAUGGUGUUGCCUGCCGCGUUGCAUGAAAGUUAAAAGUCCGAGCCUUUUGUGCCCCUCCAAUUUGGGGAUUCCAAUUUUCAAUUUGUUACAUUUUACAAGCGUUAUUACAACCGCAACGCGUCACCUUUCGUUUAUAUUCCAUUUAAUUUUAAUCGCUUCUCGGUAUAAUUGAUUAGUCGUGUGAAAAUAGACUUGUGUUGUGCUUUCGGUUCAAUUGACUCGAAAGUUUGAGUGUUAACGGAGUGUUUUGAGUAAGGAAUGUGCUUGGCUGUCACUGGAUAACUCGCGAUAAAAAGGAAGAUCGGACCAUCCCAAAAAAUGAUUGUGGGGACAAGCUUGCUGCUUGCAGCGCUGUCGGUGGCGGCGCGGAGCGUGGCAGGCGCCGGGAUUUCGAGCACGACGGCCUUCCCGACGACGGUGACGAUCGGGGGUCGGGCAGGCGGGGGAGGCGCCACGACGCCCGGGGGCGGGGGCACGACGCCGGAGCGAGCCGCCCGCUCCCUCUUCGACCUGGACGCCACCCUCCGGCAGUGGGUCGACUCCCCGGUCCCCGAGCAGGAGCUCAAGGCCGUCCGCGAGCAGAUGGCCAGGACCAAGCGCAACGGCGACGACUUCCUCACGUCGGCGCUCACCUCCAAAUCCGGAUUCCUCGAGUCCCUCAAGACCGCCUACGGGGACAUCCAAGCACCCUCCACCUACCCUGAGCCCGAGAAGAAGUCAUUCAAUUUGUUGGGUUUUAAGAAGGCCAUUUUUGGAACCCUUCUGCAAGCCGUGAAGGCUAUCACAGGAGGGGUGAUAGCAUUGAAAGGUCAGCUGAUCAAGGUAACAGGUCACAUCGCUGCAACGAAAGGUAAAGUGCUUGCAACAAAGGGAGAUGUCAUCUCCGAGCUGGGAAGGCACAUCGCAAGCAAAGCGCUAGCCCAGCCAUUCUAUCACUACGAAGGUACUCCACCCUUAGAUCAAUCUAAAUCAGCUGUGUUUAGUUACUUUGUCAAACUUUUAGGUCUAGGUGGAGGACAUACAGGGUAUUCAGCACCAUCUGCCCCAUCAUAUGGUUACCAUGGCUACGGCAGUUACCAUUCCUCAUAUCCAACAGCACCUGUGUAUGGACCCCCACAUCACAGCAGUCACAGCAGUUAUCCAUCAGGGCCCUCUUCUUAUUAUACUGACUAUCAUCGUUUGUCAAGACAGUCGAAGCCAGGCUACCCUGCCCCAAACGUACCAGGUGCUCCCGCCCCAGCCGGAGCUCCUCAACCACAUGCUGGUCAACUACCUCCAGGAGUUCAAGCUGGACUGUUGGUUCUGAAACCAGUGCAGGUUCCUUUGGGACACAAUGGACACACUCAAGGCCCUCCUUUACUACCGAAUAAAGCUGCCACUUUACCCCCCUCAACGUACUCCAGUGUCCAACCGUCUGGGUUCUCCCACCCGCCUCCACCUGUCAAUGUCAAUGUUAACCCUCAGCAGUCACCAUACUCAGUAGCCCCUCAACUUUUCCACAAUCCUGUGCAGCCACGAUACCCACCCAGCAGUGGUGCUUAUCAGGUCAAUCCUAGCCCGGAGUCUUUUGAAAACUACGACCAACAGGAGUCUCGGUUUCAGUAUCCAUCGCAGCCAAACCAAAAUGGGUAUCACGAGGCGACCAAGAGGUCGCCCAUCAAGCGCUUAUUCGAAGUGCCAACUGGACCUGGUUAUGAUUUUGCCUCAUAAUUCUUGUAACUUCAGCUGAGAUUCCUCGCAACCAAACAGUUGAAAAUGUUACAUGUGAUUUUCGCUCAAAUGAAUACAGUCUAGUCAUGAAUGGCGUACUUCAUCCUUACCACUCAUCAACUCAGGCGAAGAGGGUGAUUUGUUAGCAAGGAAACCAGAAAUGGAACCUUCAGUGACCUUUCAUACUGGCCUCUUUUGUUGAUCACACGAUCCUACUUUUGUUACCAUUAAUUUUAUCCUUUACUUGUGUAAGAUACACUUUGGUAGACCUGCUAAUAGACUGUGUAAUUCUUUUGCGAGUGAAGGCAGGUCACAUCUCAGACUGACGAACUUAUGUCAGGAAGCUCCUGAAAGUUGUCAAAAAUCACUUAGCAGUUUUUUUGUUUCUGACCUCAGUCUGACGUCAGAACUGGAUCCUUUUUUUACAAUAUCUCUUCCUUUGUUUAGGAAUAAGGUCAUUCGCAAACUUUAAAAAAAACUGGAACAGCUGUGUUUCAGUUAAAAGUAUCAAAAUUAAAAUUCAGAUAAAAGGAUGGAAGAGUUGAAAACAUUUCCUUCCAACUUUUCCAAUUAUGUUUUAAUUCAAUUUAUUAAAUUUAAUUCAUAGUUAGUUUAAAAGUUUGGGAUGGUGUUUUUCAAUUUAACUGAAUUUUUAAAAAAAAUUGUGAAUAGUAUGCCGGUCACAAAAAGAAUUAUUCAAGAAUGAAAAACCUCCAAACAUGUAUCAUGCGUUUCUUAGACAUGAUUUGUCCUUCGUUUUUUUUUUUUUUUUUUUUUUUUUUUUUUUUAAAUUGCCUUUUUAGUCUAAGUCCUUAAAACUUGGCCUGAGAACAAGUUCACUGAAUUCAACAUAGCCAAGGACCCAUUUUCUGGUUCCUAAAUCAUCAUUGUGAAGCGCUCAGCCGAUAACGAGUGCUGUGCAGAUUCAACCUGUUACUAGUUUACCAGAAUAUUAAUGCUGCAUCAGUUAUACAGUAAGACAGCUUGUCAACAAGUUAACAGAAAAAUGCCUCACAUUUUUAGAGAAGAUCAGCGUAUAAGAUUAUUUUUAAUGCUUUUCAUGAUAAACUGCAGAGAGUUUCUUAGUCCUUAACUUUUCUAGUUUCACUGAAAAUGGUGUAGUUUUUAAAAGGGUGAAAUUUUGAACUUGUUCAUCACGCACAUUUCUUUAACCUUAAAUAGAAUAUUCACCCCUCUCCUUUCAUUUAAACAGCAUUUUUCAGUAUUAAAUUAAUGCAGGAUAUUGAAUUGCCAGUUUUCAGUGGAUGGAGUAUCAAAAUAUGUGAUUUUAUCUAUCCCUUUCAAUUCAAAGCACAAAAUUAUGAAACUGUCAGUCCAGUGCAAUUUGCCAAAAAAUAUGUUAGGAUGUUAUAAAUUUUAUUUGUGUAUCCUCACACUGCUAUGUUCCCUUUUGAAAAAAACUGUCAUCCUUGAUACCGGUACGAUGGGUAAACAUGAGUUCUUCGCCUACCUAUAGUAUCCACUCUUUGCAAGAAAUUUAAGUUAGUAUUUUGUAAUUUUUAUAGACUCUCAAACUAGAUGUUUGAAUGAAAAUCAAAUAUUUUGCACUGUAGUUGUUUAAGUUAAAGAAUUUUGUAAUUUAUGUUGUGUAAUGUAUAUUAUUGUACCAUAGUUUUUGUACAGAUAUUUUAGUGUUUAACACAAGUUUUGUGUUGCUGUUUAUUGGUGCAUGAGAAUCCUCAUGAGUACUGCUGUGGAGGGAUCCUUCAUUAAAAUUUUCUCGCUCGCAAAUCUGUUCUUGAUUUUAACCGUAGAGAGUGAUACAAAAAUUCUGCACCAUCCCUACAUGACCCUUUUGGUUCUUACCCUUUCCCUAAAAUUAUAGGGGGUCUCAAACUGUCGUUUCCUUUAACCUAGGAGCACUCACAAAAUUUCAAGUCUCCAUAUUUUGUUCAAAAGUUACAGGUAUGAUGCUGAGUGGCGUGGGACUUUUGAAUCACUCUGUAUAUGUGGUUAUUGAGAAUGGAAGGAUACUGAUCUAUGAGCAAUAAAUACAAUAUCUCAACAGUUCGCUCUUUUGCGCUGACUCAAUCAAAAUAAUACAAACCCCGAAGGUAACUCAGUGGAAUUAGUAAGGCUAAAAACCUUAUACUUACCCCUCCCCCCCUUUUUUUUGAAGAAAAAUUGGUAGAAUACUUUUGAUGAAAGUAAUGUUUAAUAAAAAUGGACCAUUGGAUAGGGCAAGAAAUUAGGAACAAUAAACUUGUUUUCUCAUCUGACUUUCAUGCAAAACUUGUUGCAUGUAUUGUAAACUUUCAAAAGGAGGGAUUUUGAUGAGGGCUGUUUCUGGGCCCACAGUUGUUGAAUUUCCUUUACUCUACGAUUUUUUGCUCAUUGAAGGUCUAUAUUUUACUGUUAGCAUCAUGUUUUGGUCAUUUCUGGUCUCUUUUCAUGUCUAAAAUUCACCUAAUCAUAGGUCUGAAGACCGAUUUCCGCAAAAAAUAUGGAUUUUUCGGCAUUCAAUUAUAGACCUUUGAAAUUCGCAUUUUUCGUCUAACUCGGCCUUAGACCCAUGUUAAGUAAGAUGUAAACUAGAAAAGAGACUGAAAAUGACCAUAUCACGAUGGGCUCCAUAAAAUAUGGACUUUCAAUGAGCAAAAAAUCGUAGAGUUAAGAAAAUCCAGGAUGGGCCCAAGAACGGCCUUUGUCGAUACCCUUCCUUUGCUCAAUAGUGAGAAAUAAACGUUUAUAGGUUACAUUAUAAACAGUAAAUGCAAACUUCCUGCUCGCGAAAACAUUUUAGUCAAGACAGGCGGUAUUAGGCAUCGAAAUCAAUCUUUUUGUCAAGCUAAUAUGUAACUAGACCUUAGUUAACUAUGACAAUCAUUUGCUUUCCCUUCCCUCCAAUUUCCUUUCACAAAAUAUCGUAAUUGUGGAAUCAACAAUCCUAUAUAAUCGAAAAUCGGAAUUCAAGGAGUCAUAAUUAAUUUUAGUGUAGAAUGUACAGUGUACAUGUGUGAUAACUUACUUAUAAUAUUGUAAAUCCAAAGUUUUUGAAAUAUAUUUUUCUAUCGUACUUAA